AUCGUUUUUCUCCGCACAAUUUACCAGUAUCAUUAAAUGAUGAAAAAUCUGAUAAAAUUAGUUUAAUUUUAUGUUUCAGUUAUAACCGUCUACAUUGAAAAAUAGUAUUCAUUUUAAUAAGGUGUAUUUUAAAAAUAUAUUAAGAAUAAUUUUAGUAAUACACCAAUUAUGUGUUUAUUCUGAUUAUAAAUGGCUACUGAAGUAUUCUGUUUCUCAUCCAUUCUCUCGAAAGAAUAUAUUGUCUAAAUGAAAUGUUAAAAAUAUGCAGCUUGCUUGCUUAAGGAUAUGUUGAUAUGAGCAUUGCUGAAACAGACGUUGGAGAAGUUUAGUGUAUCCUCUAUUUACAAGAAAUUUAGUACAUAUGGGUUUCAUUAUUAUAAAAUUACUUCAUAUUUGCAAUUAAUUUUGAUUUUAAUCUUCAAAGUUGUAUCACAAAAGUUUUUGAGAUUACAAAUUAUACCAUGAAGAAAACCUUCGCUAUAUCUCCUCACCUGAAUAAACGAUUAAUAUCCACUCUAAUGUCUUCAAAAAAUAACAAUUCUUCAGAGAAUAGCAGUUUUUCUCUGAAGGCAACAAGUGAAUUUGCUGCACGAUCAGGAGAUGUAUUUGGAAGACUUCAGGCUCUUGAACAAAGACAUGAAACAUGGGUAUCCGAACAUGAAACAGUAGAAAGUUAUGAUGAGCCAAAUAUUCUUGAUAUGCAAGAAGAUUCUGAAGCUUUUAAAAAGCCAUUACCUGCUCGUCAGAGGAAAAGAAAAUGUUCAAGAUGUCAAGAUUCUGAUAAAAGUGGACAAGUCUCUUAUUCUUUCAAAAGGCCUUUUCCUGUGAAACAAGAGUCUUCUGUGCCACAGUUUAAGUUGCAACCUCAGAAGUGGAAAAAAUAUUCUUUAGAAGACAUACCACUGUCAUCUGAUGCAACUAACACUGCUGUAGCUCUACAAUUCUUGGAUGAAAUACGGCAACGCAAGCAACAGUCAGAAUCAAACAUUGCUGAUGAUAGUAAGAAGAUUGUAUUUAAUAAACCCCUUCACAAGAAACAGAAAAUAGCACCCGACAGUACUUCAGAUUCAUCUCCACUUGAUUCUUUUAAAAGCACUUUUACAUCUAGUCAAGUGGAUUCAACUUCCAAUGAUAACGAAAUCAGAAAUCUGAGUGUUACACUUACUCAUCUUGAAGAAGAGGAGGAGGAGGAGGAAGAAGAAGAUUGUUAUAAAUAAUAUUGCAUGACUUUGCAACAGACUGAUGAACUUUUUUCCUUUUCUCAUCCUAGUAUAUUUUUUUUCUGAGUAAGGAUUUCUUGUAAUAUACAUAUUUAUAUUUGAGUUAUUGAAAUUGCAAAUCUUUCUCCUUCUUUUAGAACAGUUCUUGUACUGAUAGCUUUAGCGAUAAUAAAAUAUUGAUUUAUU